AUGGAAUCGGUCAGCCAGGAGUCUAAGGGCGCCUCUGUGCACGAGGAAAAGGUCAUGUCUGACAAUAUACGUGAUGAUGUGGAUCACCACAGACCCCUUCCAGAUGGCUAUCAUCCUCGUACGGAGGAGGAGAAGGCUUUGAGUCGUUCAGUGAAUCGAAAGAUGGAUCUUUUCCUGCUUCCGUUUCUCUCUAUUCUUUACCUGUUCAACGGGCUGGAUCGAGGGAAUGUGGGUAAUGCUCAGACUCAAGGCUUCUCGAAGGAUAUUGGCGUCACGGCGAACGAUGUGAAUGACUCUGUCUCGUUAUUUUUCGUGACUUUCGUGAUCUUCCAGCCGAUCUCUGCUGCGGUUGGUCGUCUUGUCGGUGCCAAAUUUUGGAUUCCGACGUUGAUGUUUCUCUGGGGCGGGUUGACUAUUGCCAAUGCCUUUGUUCAUGGACGAGGUCAAUUGAUUGCUGUUCGUCUGCUCAUCGGUCUGUGUGAAGCCGGUUUUUAUCCCACCGCCUUGUUCUAUCUUUCGACCUUCUACACGAGGUAUGAUCUUGGUGUAAGAAUCGGACUGUUCUUCGGUCAAUACGCCAUUGCAGGGGCAUUUUCGGGGGCAAUUGCAUAUGGCAUUUUUCACAUGCAUGGCUCACUCCACAAUUGGCAAUAUUUGUUUCUCAUCGAAGGCGCCUUGACAAUGGGUUUCGCUCUUCUCUCCUGUGCCUUUCUACCUCGUGAUCCCGGCUCAGCUUGGUUCUUGUCCAAGUCAGAAAGGGAUUUUGCCUGUGAACGGAUCCGCACAGACAGCGAAAGCUGUACUCCCUCAGAUCUUGAGACAAGCACUUCGAAGAAGAAGACAAGUCAACUAACGAGGAGCGAUGUUGUUGGAACCAUGCGGGACUGGAAGUUGUGGACUGCUUUGGUGUGCAAUAUUUGCGCCAGUGUGCCGAGCCAGGCUUUCUCCGUCUUUCUUCCCCUGGUCGUGAAGGGAUUGGGGUAUACAUCGAUCCAGGCGAACUUAAUGUCUGUUCCGCCAUUUGUGUGCGGAGCAGUAGGUCUUUACCUUUUCACGUUCAGCUCCGACCGAUGCAAAGAGAGGGGAUUUCAUAUUGUCGGCGGCUUAAUCGUCUGCCUCAUCGGGCUCGUCAUGACCAUCACUAUUGAGAACAACCACGGUCGUUACAUCGCAUUGUGUGUCCUCUUAAUUGGCAGCUACGCGACUUCGCCACUGACGAUGGCUUGGCUGAGUGGAAAUACCCCCGAGCCUGGAAAACGUUCGUUAGUCCUGGGAGUCAAUGGCUUCGGAAAUCUUGCGGGAGUGAUCGGGUCACAAAUUUUCCGAUCUGAAUACGCUCCACGAUAUCUGGUACCGUUCUACGCCACACUUGGCUUCAUAUCAUUUGCUUUGGUCGGUUACAUAGCCUACCGAAUCAUGCUCAAGCGUGUCAACGUGUAUCGGGCGAGGAAAAUAGAGACAUGGACUCUCGCAGACAUUCAGGCCGAGCGAAUGGAUAAUAAACGGUUGGGAGACAAAAAGUAUACAUUUGUCUAUGGUCUGUGA